GGCUCAGAGUCGCUCCGCUGCUGAGAAACUGCAGAAGAAUGAAGGCGGCCGGACCACUGAAGGAAACCAGCAGCAGCUUCAGCCUGAUGGAUUAAUGCUGACCAGCUAACAGAAUCAACACCAGGCAGGCUGUUGUCCUGCUGGUCUGAGGUCAGUUCUGUCUGUUCCAGGUAUGACAGUGAGCUCCAGUCUGCUGGUGGUCGUCCUGACUGUGGUGUCGGUGGCGUCUCUGAGUCUGCUGUCGCUGCUGUGUCUGCGAUGCAGAAGGAAAUCCAAGAUCAAAGAGGUGGAGCGUCAAAUAUACGACCCACAGACGUUCCAACGUGGGGGAAGUAAAUUUGCAGUGAUGCGAUCAAAAACAGUCACCAGAAUAAAUCAGAUGACUUCAACCACACCUGAAAGUCCAGAUGAAUUUGCAUCUCCAGGAGAUCAAACAGUCAGUUCGAGUCUGGAACACGACUAUGUAGCACCGAUCGCUGUAUCGGUGUACGCCAAUGAGCCGAUCGGAGGGAUGAUGGCCGAUUAUAAUCAGACUCCACCAGACUACGAGAACAUUUUCUCAUCGUUGCCGAUAGCAGAUGAUGAAGACGACUAUGAAAACUCUCAGUACCUGAACCAAGUUCAGGCGCAGCUGGAGGACAGUAAGUCACGUACAAGGCUUUGUAAAAGACCUUCACCUGUCCAGCAUAGAAAUCAAUGUGUUCGAGGGCUUGUUCUGUCUCUUUGCGGUUUGGUUUGGUCUGUUUGCAUCAGUUUUUGCGUGUGCUUUUGUUUGUUUUGUGUCUGUUUUUACUGGUUUGGGUCUAUCUGAAGUAGUUUCUGAGUCUCUUCAUGGUUGUUUUGCAUCUAGUAGUGGUCCUUUAUGUAUAUAUGUAUCUUAGAGGUGGGUUAAUCAGUUUGCAUUGAAUUAUCGCCUGUUUAUGGUCAUUUUGGAACUCUUUUCCAUUGGUUUGUAUCUCUCUUUGUCGUCCUUUAAUGUCUGUUUGCAGUUCUUUUCGGUCAGUUUGCAUCUCUUUCUGGUCUCGUUUUGUGCCCCUUCCAGCUAUUUUGCAUCCAGUAGUGCUCCAUAGUGACAAUUAAUCUGUUUGCAUUGAAUUAGCAUCUAUUUGUGUUCAUUUUGCAUCUCUUUUAGUCAAGUUUAAUAUCUUUGUUGUUGUUUGGUCUGUUUGCAUCAGUUUUCCAUGUGCUUUUGUUUGUUUUGUGUGUGUUUUUAUUAGUUUAGGUCUAUUUGAAGUAGUUUCUGAGUCUCUUCAUGGUUGUUUUGCAUCUAGUAGUGGUCCUUUGGUAUAUCUUAGAGGUGGUUUAAUCAGUUUGCAUUGAAUUAGCACCUAUUUAUGUUCAUUUUGCAACUAUUUUAGUCAGGUUUAAUGUCUUUGCUAGUGUGUUUCUGUUGACGGUUUUACAUCUGUUUGUGGUCAUUUUGCAUCUGUUUUUAUUAGUUUAGGUCUCUUUGCAUUCAUUUCUGAGUCUCUUUGUGCUUGUUUUGCAGUCAGUUUGCAUCUAGUAGUGGUCCUUCUGUGUGUCUUAGAUGUGUAUGUCUGUGGGUGUUGAUUUAGCAGCAUUUUUUGUUCAUUUUUGCAUCUCUUUCUGGCUGUUUUACGUCUUUAUGGUUAAUUUUUGUCUCUUGCUGUUUCGGUUCUUCCGUUUGUGUCUGUUGCAUCUUGUUUAAGUGAGUUUGCAUCUCUUGUGUUUUAAUGUGUAUUUGCUACAGUUUAGGGAGUAUUUUUAUUAAUUUUAGUUGGGUUGUGUCUUUUCUCUGCUGAGUUUAACACACCUGUAGACAAAUUCAGUUGUAGAGAUGACAUGUCAUAAAUAAUAUACAAUAUAUCUCCAAACAUCAGGCAGUUCCCUCUGUUUAAGUUGCUGCUUGUUACCUAAAGUUGUUUCAUAAACCAUCAACAACACCUCUAAAUUUUGUUUCCAACAAUAACUAUUCCUCAUCUUUUUCUUUUUGUA